AAGCGGAAGCGCCCUCGCCACGUGCAGAUUUUCGCACGAGGCAGCGAUGGCGAUGGCGGCGGCGGCUUCGUACAGCGGCUCGGACGGGGAGGGAGAUUCCUGCUCCGGCGACUCCGAUCGCGAGCUGCAGGAAUCGUUUGCACAGGGGAAGCUGAAGCCUGGGCUGAACCUGCAGCUCAAGGCGCGGAGGCCGCCCAUCAACAACGUGAACCAGAUGAAGAGCUGCCUUAGCGAGUUCCGCCGCUUGCUGCCCUGGGUGGAGCGUCUGGAUGUUACCGUGGGCCCCCUGCCCGACGUCGAGGCGCAGGCUUCCGGCAGCGACGGGGUGGACGUGGAGAACGACUUCCGCAGGGAGAUGUUCUUUUACCGGCAGGCGCAGGCGGCCGUGCUGUUGGCCGUGCCGAAACUCCAAGAACUCAACAUCCUGACGAAACGGCCAGAGGAUUACUUCGCAGAGAUGGCCAAGACGGACCAGCACAUGCAGAAGGUUCGGGAGAAGCUGCUUUCCAAGCAGAUGGCGAUGGAGCGCUCGGAGAAGGCCAAACAACUCCGGCAGCUGCGCAAGUACGGCAAGAAGGUGCAAGUUGAGGUUCUGCAGCAGAGGCAGAAGGAGAAGAAGUCGAUGAUGGAAUCGCUCAAGAAAUACAAGAAAGGAGUGACGGACAAGCUGGAUUUCCUGGAGGCCGACAAAGAAGGUGCCAGGACGCAGAACAAACCGUCCGCCGCGGGGAAGGACAAGAAGAGAAACCCCAACUCGAAGCGGCGCUACAAGAACGAGAAGUUCGGCUUCGGCGGGAAGAAGCGCGGCAACAAGCGGAACACGCGCGACAGCGUGGACGACGUCUCGGGCUUCCGCUCGCGCACCGCGCACGGCCGCGAGGGGGGACCGCGUGGGAGGACCGGCAAGGCCGCCGGCAAUAUGGGCAAGAACAAGAGGCCUGGGAAAACCGUUCGGCAGAAGAUGAAGAGCAAGAGGCGAUGAGGGGUUGGCAAGAGCGAGGGGUUUUGGAGUGGGGGGUGAGUAAAGGGUGUAGCUCGAUCUGGGUGGAAAUUAUUCAUCAACACUAUGGAACACAGCUUGGUGGUUGCAAAAACAUCUUAAAAGUUUUUGUGCUUUCCCUGAAAUUAAAAUUGCGCUAUCUGCAUCACGGAGUGUAUCACCCUGUGUAUUGGGGAAUAGUCCUUGGGAGGAGAGAGUUGCAGAACUGCCCCCCCCCCCCAUACAACGGGGGGGUGGCUGUGCGCUUUCCCAUGCUGCUACAGAGAAAUCUUUGUCGUGUAGCUAUCAAACCGAUAUUUUUUCUAUUUGCAAAAUUUAGUGAAAACACCAAUGUUGCUGUGAUGGCUUUGUGUGCCAAGUCACUAGCAACCAGGCCGAGGCCCCAUUUUAAUCGUUAGCAGUUCUCCAGAUUUUAACCCUGCGGUUUUGGUGUUGCCAGCUCAGUGUCUCACCCCUGAGGCAGCCCGGCUCUUGAUAAUAGCCGACACCAGCUGAUGUACAUGUCAUUUGGGGUUCAUGGGCGUUUGAGUGCCGCAUUGGCGGUCUGUGCUGAUUGUUGAUGCCCGUGUUGCAAGGCUUUGUGUUCAAUUUAAACCUGGUUUAUUUGUAAAAGGUUGUAAAGCGUUCCUAAAUAAAAGUAUUAAACUGCAACUGUCUAA